GUGAGGGCCGGCCUUUCUGCUACUUAACCACAAAUCAUCGGCGCGUGGGUGAAAGGGACUUGAAGCUGCUGCAUAGCCCUCCACUUCUAUCCAAAAGCCUAGCUCCGUACUCACGCUCGCUCAUUGACAUCACCUCCACGUAAGGUGCAACAAACACACACCUAGCCCAACAGCGGACGUCUUUGCCGCGCCUCACUACCUUUGCAUUAUCUGUUUCGGUGAUCUUCGCCAUCAGUCGAACUGCCGCUUCCUGCAAUAUCCUUCCAUAUCAUCCGACAGCUUCGUACGGCACGCUUGAUCGGCGAUACCACAUCGGCAGAGAGAUCUCAAGAUGGACCCUAUUCCAACCACACACGAAGCCAAAGGCGAGCCCACGUCGGUCAGAGAGCACGUCCUUCAUACCGGUGCCUCGAUGCUCCAGAACUUCGACCCCGUCAAACACAUUUGCGCCCACCUGCAUGCCGCCCAUACGCCGUUCGAUGACCCUGGAAAAGCGGUGGAAGCGCAUCACUAUUGCACGAUAUUGAACGAAGACAUGCGCCAAUGUAUCGUCUACGACGGCAAAGACAAGAAUGCGCGCUUGAUCGGCAUUGAGUACCUGAUCACUCGCCGUCUUUACGAAACCCUGGACCCGGAGGAGCGCAAGUUGUGGCAUUCGCACGUCUUCGAGGUCAAGUCUGGCCUGCUCGCUCUGCCAGUGCCGUCCGUUGUGCCCGAUAGCGUAUGGGAGGCUGCGGAGACGGCGGAGAUGGAAGCAGUGAUCGGCAUGUACGGCAAGGUAUAUCACCUCUGGCGUACUGAUUUGGGCCAUCAAAUCCCCCUGGGCGCCCCACAGCUGUUUACGAGCUUCACCUCCAAGGAACAAUUUGAUUUUGAUGGCUUCGCUUCCGAGAGAGAUCGGCGGCUAGGGACGGACACGCAGGUAAAGAGCGUGAAGCGGGCAGCAAUUGCAGAGCCCGAGAUCCACGGGGACGCCGACGCAGCGUGGAAGAAAUGAAUGCGCGGUAG